AUGGUCUCUCUCCUUGAAAUCCUGUUCACCCUUCAUGCCCAUCUUCACCUUCACCAUCAUCAAAAUCUCUCACAAUCUCCAAAGCUCAAUCCACAAUCUCAAUCUGCGCUCUUCACUUCACCCUCUCCACUCUCCCCAACACCUCUCCACCAUCCCCUACACGACGCCGUUUCCUCCUCCACAACCACAAAACCACCAACCAUAACCACCACUUCGCCCUCCAGAAAAUGGAAUGUUCAGUUAAUUGCUUUGAUCGAGUUGAUUCCGGAAGCGAGUUCACUCCGUGAACACAAUUAUGCAAUAAUUCAACGCGGUAAUGGACUUGUAGCUGGAGUUUUCAGCAUUACUCACUGUGGCGUUAAGAAAUACAGAAGAACCAAUGAUUGGGAUCAAGGUUUGGACAUGAUUGCAGAAGGAUUGGAUACUUUGAAGGAUUGGAUAGGAUCAAUGUUAGAACAGCUUAGUUUGCUGGGAAAAAGAAUCAUUACUUCUCUUGUCAACGAACUUGUCGGAGUUGUUUCAGAUGAAAAAUUAUUGGAACUUUUGGAAUUAGCAAUGUCAGCAGACACUGCAGAGAGGGUGAAAAUAAAUAUUGUCCCUUUUAAGCUUACAGUGAGGAUCCUCGGAUUGUUCGAACCAUGACUGAAAUUAUACUUGGUCUGCAAGGAGAUAUUCCUGGAAAAUUCAGGAAAGGAACUCCCUUUGUUGCUGGAAAGUAAGAUUCUUGUAUCAAGUUUUGUUUUAAAAAGAAAAUUUUAUGGUCCUUAGUCUUGUAGUUGUAUGGUUGGGGAUUUUCUAUGAAGGGCUAUUAAACAUCAUUUAUAUCUAUUGUUUUUAUACCUUUUCUUAUUUAUUUACAGUAGAUAAAGGUUAUAUUCCAUUGAAUUUUUCAUUCAUAAAAAUAAAAGGGGGAAGAAAAAGAAACAAAAAACAUGGCGAGCCCAAAGCUGCUUUUUGGAUGGUCCUGUACCAUUAUGGUGGUCCUACACAUUUAGUUGGUAAACUAUAUAUUAGAUUGGCAUGGUAUUGACAGGAUUACAAGCCAACGCUUCUUAUGGAGGUGAGAUGUGAUAAUGAAUGUUCUUAAAUACUAAAUUUAGGUCACUUUUGUAUUACCUUUUUCCUAAAUUAUGUAUUUUAUCAGCUAUAAAAUUAUUAGAAAAUCAAUAUCGGUAAUCUUCACAAAAUUGCAGCCUUCGGUUCAGCUACUAAUCUCACUGAGACAAGCAUCUACUUUAUCCAUAUUCAUUGUGAGUGUUUGUUUCCUUUGUAUUUAUAAUUUUAAGAUGUUAGUACCUAGGUUGUCAAUAGCGCGCUAUAGCGGUAUAGCGUAGUGGUUGAGGCCCUCGCCGCGACGCUAUUGGGCUGUUUACCGCUAUCUGAAAUAGCGGCCGCGAUUUCAUGUGCCGUAGCGGUGGAAUAGCGGCACAAUAGCGGUUCUGUAGCGCUAUUCAGACCGCUAUUGUGAAGAUACGGUCAGAACUGUAAGUUUGAAUUUUUUUAAGGGCAAAUUUGUAUUUUUCCCUUUUAUUUAACUACUAUAAAAGCUAAAAGUGAGCAUUAGGUCAUAAAUAUUCUCUUUCUUCACUGAAAAACAGCAGCCAGCAGCCGUUCCAUUCUGCCCUAGUUUCAACGUUCCAUUAGUAUCUAGGCAUAAACUUGCUACAUUAGUAUCUAGGCAUGAACCAACAAGAGUUACUAGGCAUAGACUUGCUACAUUAGUAUCUAAUGGAGAUGAGGAGUUGGAGGUAGAAGAAGAAGUGUUUGAAAUUGAAUCAAGUGAUGAGCAAGAUGAUAUUAAUGUGGUGGAACUUAGAAGUGAAGAUGAGGCGGAUGUGAUUUAGUCAUUUUGUUUACAUUUAGAAUUUGAUUUAGACAUUUUGAGUACAUUCCUAAUUUGAGUCAUUAUGUUUAGUUUAUGUAUGUUGCAACUUUUGGUUUAUGUAUGUUGCAACUUUUGUUUUCAAGUCAUUAUGAAUGUUGUUGGAACCUAUUUUUAUUAUUUAUGUAUGUUGUUGGAACCUAUUUUAGUAUUUAUGUUUUCAUAUUAAAUAUUUAGCUUGAUUUUUAAAAGCUCACAAUAGCGGUCAUCCCGCUAUCCGCUAUGCCGCUAUAGCAUUUGGGAGGUCCGGCGCUACGCGCCGCUAUCUGAGAUUAACAACCUAGGUUACUACAACGUAUCCAAUUACUAUCCAAAUAAACUCAUUGGUAGUGUCUUUCAAGAGUUGGUUCCAUUAAUUUCUAUUUAAAUUUUAUAGAAUUGCAGUAACAGCACCUUGGAAGAUAUUUUAAAGAGUGGUAUCAAAUUGUGAACUUUUCAAGAUUCAAUUGAGCAGGCCUUAUUAAAAUGAAAAAUGACUGCCAUUGUUCAAUUGAUCUGUUCCACAUGUAUGUUUUAUGUUUAGUCACAAUUAGGAAAUAUUGAUCCACUUAAUUGAGUUAAUUGAUUUUGUUUUUGCUUAUGCAAUUUAGCUAUUUUGUAUUGGUUUUUCAGCUAUGUAGCACCGACGAAAAAAAGUGUGUCUGUGAGUGUCAGAAACAGUUAAUUUAUAAUUUUUUAAAAUUGUUACCGAUAUUGACGUGUUGGUGUCAGGGUCAUGUUUCCGGUGUCUGAACUUUAUAGUUUUUUGGUAAUGAAUACUGUAACAUGGCAUAUUUAAUGGAGUAUUACAAUUGUAAUGUGCAUAUUGAGCAAUGAAAAGCCCUUGAGAUUUAAGUGGUUUGGGCAGAAGCUAGUGUCGUGUAGUUCUUGGCCAAAUUUGGAUUUAUGAUAACAGAUUGAAUCAAUUUUAUGAUUUCAGUAUUUGUUUUUUACACUUCUCAUUAAAGAUGUAAGUUAGGAAUGGAAUUCGCAUUGAAACUAAUGUCUGAAAGUUUAUGAGGAUGAGGGUAGGUUACUUGAGAAUCAAUGUCUUAACUCUGAAUUAGCUCAAAACUUGCAUAGCUUAUUUUAUUAUUUCACUGUUUCCUCUUUUUAUUGAUGUUAAGUGUUUUUCUUUUACGUUGCUUGUGUUGUGCAGGUGGAGGCUAUAUUAGACAAGGAUAAUUUCACUUUAGAAGAGCUUCUAGAUGAGGAGGAAGUAAUCCAAGAAUGCAAGGCCUUGAACAGUCGUCUUAUCAAUUUGUAUAUUUCCAUUUAAUUUCAACGAAUUGAGUUUUAUUCAUUUUCCUAGCAAGUCUCAUAGUUUUGUGCA